UACCCUGCCAUCACCAGUGCAACCUGCUCCUGGACAGCCAUUCUUUCCUGGAUCUGGCAACCAGAUGUCGUUUGGAGCUGCUGGAAGCCAGCCACCUUGGGCAGCUACAGUUCUGUCACUGCGAUAUGGGAAGCCUGGGCAAAAGGCGAGCGUGUUGCGGGCGUUGGUCGCAAGCCGCCUCUGUGUGGCCUCGAGUGGCUGUGGGGUGCACAGAAGAACACGACGAUGAGGAAGGGCCAGCAGCAAAGCUGGCGACCACGCAAUGAUGCCAUGGCUCGUCAGCUGUGGGCCCACUUCAUGUACUUCGUCUCACGCAUCGAGAAGCGGCUGAACAAUGGCAAGACAUCAGCCGAGGCCAUGCACGAGCUCGACGACGGACGAGGUACGCUCUCGCUGUCGCAGUUCUGCAAGAGAACACAGCCCAAGCGGCAA